CAGCAGCGGCGAGUUCAAGUUGGACUCUGCGGAACAUUAAAGGACAAGAGCAUUUGCCUUCUACACAGGCAUGAGUCGUCUUCUGUGUCUGCUGGCUGCAGGUCUUUACCUGUGCCUGCAAGGCCAAGUGAAUGCUGAAUCGCGUUUGAGCAGGAGUGUCAUUGAGAAUGCUGUGAUAGCAGCCAAGGCCACUGUGGACUCUGCUUAUGAGUAUUCCAGAAGAGAGAGCAUUAACCGUGUGAGGAGGAAUGCAGCGAAUCCUUCAGACGUCCUGCGCCUGCUGAAGCAGCCCGCGGGGCCAACCCGUAAUGUUGCCCGUGCCGCAGACUAUAUGGAUGUGUCUGUGAAACUGAUCAAGAGAUCUCUGGAAAGACGCCAUAAACGCUCCAUCAAUGCCACAGAUCUGAUCUCUGAUGAGGAUCUGCAGUUCAUUGCUGAGCUGACGGGCUGCUCUCCCCGACAUCGCGUCCCUUCCUGCACGACAACUCCCAAUUUGGACCAGUAUCGCACUGCAAGCAGCACCUGCAACAACAGAGAAAACACCCGCUGGGGAACCUCCAACAUUCCUUUCAACCGCUGGCUACCUGCUGAGUACCAGGAUGGCCUCUCUCUGCCCAAAGGCUGGGACUCUGAGCUUCCAGUUGACGGUCGAAUUCUGCCCUUGGUAAGGGAAGUGUCCAACCGCAUUCUAAACACAGCAAACGCUGAUGUGGAGAGUGACCCACUCUACACUCACCUGGUGACAAUCUUCGGCCAGUGGACUGAUCACGACCUGACCUUCACUCCUCACUCUCCUGUCAUCCGCUCUUUCAGUAACGGUAUUGACUGUGACAAGAGCUGUGAACGCACAGAGCCCUGCUUCCCCAUCGAGAUUCCCAGGCAAGACCCCCGGUUCGGCAGAAACUCAGAGGAGUGCAUACCCUUUUUCCGCUCAGCAGCAGGUUGUGGUUCUGGCAACACAGGCCACUUGUUCGGUGCAAGCACCAUCCGUGAGCAGAUGAACUCUCUCACAGCUUUCAUUGAUGUGGGCCAGGUGUACGGUGCAGAUGAUACCAAAGCUCGCUUCCUCCGGGACUUCUCCUCAGACAAAGGCCUUCUAAGGGUCAACACACAGUACAACGAUAAUGGCCGUGAGCUCCUGCCCUUCACCAACAUGGGUGCCAACAUGUGUGCAACACGAGCCCGUAUUACUAAUGACACUAAUGCUGAGGAGGUACCCUGCUUCUUGGCUGGUGAUGAACGCUCCAAUGAGAACAUUGGUCUGACCUCUCUGCACACACUGUUGAUGCGUGAGCACAACCGUCUGGCACGUGCUCUGGCCAAACUCAAUCCUCACUGGGAUGGGGAGAAACUCUACCAGGAGGCCCGCAAGAUCAUGGGAGGAUAUUUCCAGGUUCUCACCUUCAGAGACUACUUGCUCCACAUUGUUGGUCCAGACUUCAUUUCCAAGCAGCUGUCCACCUAUCCUGGCUAUGAUGAAAGUGUGGACCCCAGCAUCUCCAAUGUGUUUGCCACAGCCGCCUACCGAUUUGCUCACCUGAUGGUUCAGCCUUUCAUGUUCCGUCUUGAUGAGAAUUACCAGGAGCACCGUGAUUACCCCACCCCACUGCUGCACAAAGCCUUCUUCGCCCCAUGGAGGAUCAUCUUCGAAGGUGGACUGGACCCAGUCCUGAGGGGACUUGUGGGUCGCCAGGCCAAGCUGAACACACAGGAUCACAUGAUGACUAAUGAGCUGAGGGAGAGGCUGUUUAAAUUCUCCACUGAGCUGGCGCUGGAUCUGGGCUCUCUCAACAUACAGAGAGGCAGAGACCAUGGACUCCCUGGCUACAACAAAUGGCGCAAGUUCUGUGGCCUGUCACAACCAAGAAACCUUGCACAGCUGGCAAAGGUUAUGAAUAACACUAGUCUGGCCAAGAAACUUCUGGACCUCUACGGCACACCUGACAACAUCGAUGUGUGGCUGGGAGGAGUGGCUGAGCCAUUUGUCCGUGGAGGAAGAGUAGGACCCCUGUUUGCCUGCCUGAUUGCCACUCAGUUCCAGAGAAUCCGCCAGGGAGACCGACUUUGGUGGGAGAAUGAUGGAGUCUUCACUGAGGCUCAGAGGGAGUCCCUGAGGGAAACGUCACUUGCCCGCAUCAUCUGUGACAACACCGGUAUCACUGAGGUGCCUGAAAGACCCUUCCAGUACAGGCCCCGAGGGUCUGGUUACACCCGGUGUGAGGACAUUCCUCAAUUUGACCUCAGUCCAUGGAGGGAGGAUGGUCAAUCCUCAAGUGGACUCCGAGGACCACCAGGACCCAGAGGACCAGCUGGUCCAAGAGGCCCCCCCGGGCCCCCUGGCACUGAGGAGAAAGUUGCCUUCUCUGUGCGACUGGGAAACAACUUCCCCAAUGCCGGCGUGCCCAUUGCCUUCCGUGACGUCAUCUACAAUGGACAGAACAGCUAUGACAUCAAGACUGGCCUUUUCACCUGUGAGCACCCAGGUGUUUACGAGUUCCAGUUCCACUGUGUGAUUUCCCAGAGCGAUGCCAGUGUGGAUCUGGUGCGUAACGGAGAGCUGGUUUUGCACUCAUUCACCACCCGUCAGAACGGCUUCAUCUCAGCCAGUGGCAACACAUACAUUAAGCUUCAGAGGGGAGACAAGGUCUGGCUGGUGGCCAACCAUGGCGGCAAUGGUCUGACCAGUGACAGCUUCUUCUCUGGGCACCUGCUGUUCACUGAGUAGAAGAUUGGGCUUGAUACAGCUGCCGACCCAUGACACCCUCAAAACACGACAAGUUGAAGUUCAGUGAGAGUUUGCUGAAGUCACUAAUCUCUAUAUACUAAUAGCAACCCUAAAUAGACAAAAUAACAACUUAAGAUGAAUAUCUUUUGCAGGGAACAUUUGUUACACAAAAGCACAGUGUUUGAAACACCUGUGUCAUUAUUUUAAUGUUAAAAAGCUUUAAUUUAAAUUAAAGAAUAUCCCUAAUGCACUGCUGCCUGCACUGAUAAUGUAAAAGAGAGGUAAAGGGUUAUUAUACAUAUUGUUUUGUUAAGCUAAUGAAAAACAAUGUGAAAAAUGAAGUGAGCACUACUUGACUUGAAAUGAAAUAUUUUCUCUCUUUCUUUUGAAUUAAUCAUCCUUUUGUCUUUAUCUUUUUUCUGAAAGUUGCACAGUACAGUAAAAUAUGUAGAGCCUACGUCCGGUAAAUGAAGGUAAUCAAUUUAAUUCUAAAGUCAAAAUUUCUAAAGCUAUAAUUUUUUAACAGUUUUUUUUACACUCUCUUGUUUGUAUCAAAAUUAAGUGUAAGACUCUGAGUCACUUUAAGUUUGAUAUUAAUAAAUGAUUCUUGUGCAGAUCAA